AUGCCUUUGGCCUGUUUGACAGACUUUCAGGCUUUUGCCCGGGAGCGUCUGCCCAAGUCAACUUGGGAUUUUAUUGAAGGCGGAGCAGAUGACAGCUUCACGCGCGAUGACAACAUUGCAGCCUUUAAAAGAAUCCGCCUCCGUCCCCGGUACCUGAAAAAUGUGGUAAACGUGGACACCCGGACCACAAUCCAAGGGGAGGAAAUCACUGCCCCCAUUUGCAUCUCACCCACGGGUUUCCACUGCCUCGUCUGGCCGGAUGGAGAAAUGAGCACAGCCAGAGCGGCCCAAGCAGCCGGGGUCUGCUACAUCACCAGCACAUUUGCCACCUGUGCCCUGGAGGACAUUGCUGCUACUGCCCCCAGGGGCCUCCGGUGGUUCCAACUCUACGUGCAUCCAGACCGGCAGCUCAGCAAACAGCUGGUCCAGAGGGUGGAAUCCCUGGGUUUCAAAGCUCUGGUCAUCACUGUGGAUGUGCCCAAACUGGGCAACAGGCGACAUGACAUCCGAAACCAACUGGACUUAAAGCUGAACUUACUGCUCAAAGACCUUCACUCGCCUAAGGAGAGAACUUCAAUGCCUUAUUUCCAGAUGUCCCCCAUUGACUCAUCCAUCUGCUGGAAUGACCUCUCCUGGCUUCAGAGCAUAACUCGAUUGCCCAUUAUCCUUAAAGGGAUCUUGACAAAAGAGGACGCAGAGUUAGCCGUGAAGCACAACGUCCAUGGCAUCAUUGUUUCCAACCAUGGUGGGAGGCAGCUAGAUGACGUUCUUGCCUCUAUUGACGCCUUGGCAGAAGUGGUGGCUGCUGUGAAAGGGAAAAUGGAAGUGUACCUGGAUGGUGGGAUCCGAACUGGCAACGAUGUGCUCAAGGCUCUGGCCCUUGGGGCUAAGUGUGUGUUUCUGGGGAGACCAAUCCUGUGGGGUCUUGCCUACAAGGGUGAAGAUGGUGUUAAGGAACUUUUGAACAUUAUAAAAAACGAGUUCCACACUUGCAUGGCCCUCACAGGUUGCCAGUCAGUUGCAGAGAUCAAUCAGGACAUGAUCCAGUUCUCCAGGCUGUAAAGGAAGAAGGCCAAUGAGCAGACUGCUGAGGUUGCCCACAGAGAGAAGACAAACUCACAGCAUGGUGUGCGAUGCCUUCCUGCCUUGCCCCUCUCCUACCCAGAGGCUCAUCCCCUGCACCUUCAACCACUCCAUCCCUUGUACUUCAGGCCCCAGACCCCUCCUCUUCCUCAAAGGUGACACGCUCUCCUUUACCUCACUGUUUGUUAUAUGCUCUUGCCUGAACUCCUCCUCUGAAAGAAAAAAAAACCUUAAAAGCAUGGGCCAAUAAUGACUGAAAUGGCUAGCAGAUUUCUUUUUUUUUGAGUAUCCUAUAUAACUCUGUGAACCAACUAUGUAAAUUGACACUCUGUACAGAAGAGCUAUAUGUAUAAACUGUUCUCCCACAAAAAUCCUCCUCCUGUGUGUAGAUAAUAAGGAAACCAUACAGGUAAAAACCUAGGCUUUGGAGCCACACAGGCCUGGAUUUAACAGUCAGGACUGGUACUGACCAGCUCU